GAAAGAAAGAAAGAAAGAAAGAAAGAAAGAAAGAAAGAAAGAAAGAAAGAAAAGCUCUUCUUCAAGAUGGAAUUUUGUAGCAAAGAAACAAAGAGAGGGAGAGAAAAUAGUCAACAAUGCUGUUGGUUAUGAUGCAAAAAGCAAAACAAGUAUGGCUCCAGCGGAGGACAGGGGACCGACUGAAAUAUGCGAAGAGUUGGACCAGACGAUUCUUCACCUUUUUGAUGUUCUGGAGUUACUCCAAACCAAGAGGGAAUCUUUUAACAGCUUGGUGGAACAGGGCUGGUUCUCCCUCUCCAAGUCACGCUAUGCCAUGGGUAACAAGUGUGUCUCUGCUCUGCAAUAUGGCCAUCAGAUGAAACCGCUGGUGCGAGUCGACACGAGAAAGAAAGAAGAGGGUCAGGUGGAGUUUCACGUGGUCUCGGAAGGUGCAGACACUUCAAAGCCAAAGGUUGAAAAGACAGCCACUGUUGAAGAAAUCGGCCCCAGUGACCAAGUUCUACGUCGGCGAAAGGGUACAGGAAAAACAGACGCUCCAAUCCAGCCCGAAGAAGAAAUCUCUCAGCCUGCUGAGAAAUCAGGGAAACAAGACCCUCUAACUUGGUUUGGUAUCCUUGUGCCCCAGAGUCUGCGGCAGGCACAGAAGACCUUCCAAGAAGGAAUCCGCUUAACUGCGGAAAUUGCCUCAUUGCAAAGUGAAGUUGAGACGACUCGAAGACGGUACCGUGCCUUGCUGGAAGAAAAGCGACAGAUCUCAGCCAAAGAGAAUGUCCCCGAACAGCUAUAACUCCUCUCUGGGGCAGGGGGAGCUGGUGGCCUGUAUUUAUUGGUUCUGAUUUCUGGAAGCUUCCCAGGGGCUCCUUGGACUUUUCUUUUUAUCUGUACAUCAUGUUCUGAUUAAUAAAU